UUCAGGACACAAGAGUGGCCCUACUCUUGAUUCAGCCUAGUUCACAGGGCAUCCUCUUGAGCCACGGCUGCACUGACCCGGGAGGAGCUGAGUUAGGCCAAGACAGUGGCCUGGAGCCAGGACAGUUCCGGGGCCUCCAAACAGGGAGAUCUGGUAUUGCUGACCUGUCAGAAGCCCCCUGGCCAGAAGGCCAAAGCAAUGUGGAGGAGACGUUAGUGACUUCAGAGCACGGCCACCACCACUGCCACCAUGUGCCUCCUCAACAAGCCCAAGGGUGAGAUGACCCUGGAGGAGCUGCAGAAGCGGGAGGAGGAGGAGUUUAACAUGGGUCCACUCCCCGUGCUCACACAGUUGGUCAAGAACAACACCCAAGUGCUCAUCAAUUGCCGCAACAAGAAGCUCCUGGGCCGUGUGAAGGCCUUUGAUAGGCACCGCAACAUGGUGCUGGAGGAAGUGAAGGAGGUGUGGACCAAGGUCCCCAAGAAUGGCAAGAGCAAGAAGAAGUCCAAGCCAGUCAACAAGGACCGCUACAUCUCCAAGAUGGUCCUGUGUGGGGACUCGGUCAUUGUGGUCCUGCGGAACCCGCUCAUGCAUCGCCAGCAAGAAGGGGCCUUCUCCCCACCGUUAGAACUUGCCCCCUCGUUUUUCAAAGACCUGCCCUUUGCGCUGGGAAUAAUAAAGUCCUGUGUUUUUUCUAAAAAAAAAAGGAAGCCCCCUGGCCUCGCUCAACAGUGA